AGUCACGGUUCAAGAUCCCAAUUUUAACCCUUCUCACCUCUGAAGCUUUAAACUUUUGGAAUGCCCAAUGCUUGAACAUUACAACAGUGUUCUUGGUCUUCUUUCAUGGCGUCUUUGAACAGGACAGGGGUGUGUUUGACGUGGAAGGAGCUUUGUGUCAAAGUCUCUAAUGGCGGAUCAAAAGAUGGGUGCAAGCCAAUCCUUCAGUCUCUCACUGGGUAUGCUAGUCCUGGUGAGGUUUUGGCAGUCAUGGGUCCUUCUGGAAGUGGCAAAUCCACUCUUCUUGAUGCCUUAGCUGGGAGGUUAGAUUCAAGUAAAAGAGAGAGUGGGGAAAUUCUAGUGAAUGGUCAAAAACAGAAGUUGGCUUAUGGGACAUCGGCCUAUGUUACUCAAGAUGAUGUCUUGAUAUGGACUUUGACAGUGAGAGAAGCAUUGUACUAUUCAGCACAGCUCCAGCUGCCAAACACAGUUCCGAAAACUGAGAGGAAAGAAACAGCUGAGAAGAUGAUAAAGGAGAUGGGGCUGCAAGAUUCCAUGGACAAGAGAAUUGGGAGUCUGAGUGGCGGGCAGAAACGAAGAGUGAGCAUCUGCACGGAGAUCCUGAUGCGACCCAAGAUUCUUUUUCUCGAUGAGCCAACAAGCGGGCUUGACAGCGCAGCAUCGUACCAUGUAAUGAGCAGAAUCAUGAGAUUCACAAGACAACAUGGGAUGACAGUUGUGGCAUCUUUGCAUCAGCCAACCAGUGAAGUUUUCAAGCUUCUUAACAACCUCUGCCUUCUUUCCCUUGGUAGAACAGUCUACUUUGGGCCCUCUUUUGCAGCUAGACAGUUUUUUAGGGUGAAUGGUCUUGAAUGCCCAACUUUCCAGAAUCCUGCUGAUCACUACCUUAGAAUCAUAAAUACAGAUUUUGAUGACUAUGAGGAUAUAGAGCAGGGUGGUGGUGGUGGAAAGAUGACAGGUGAGGAAGUGAUUGAUGAGCUUGUGAAAUCAUACAACUCAUCUGCUACUUAUAAGCAAGUGCAAAAACAAGUGGCUGAGAUGAUGAGCAAAGAGGAAAAUGGCUUAAUGGAGAAGCAGCGCAGCGGAUUGAGCUUUUUAACAGAAUGCAUUGUCCUCUCCCGAAGAUCAUUUGUGAACAUGUACCGCGAUUUAGGCUACUAUUGGUUGCGGUUUGCAAUCUACAUAGCGCUCGGGAUGGGUCUGGGAACUGUGUUCUUUGACAUCGGGAGCACCUACAAUUCGAUUCAUGCUAGAGGAUCAAUGCUCAUGUUUGUAACUUCGCUGCUAACUAUCAUGGCAAUUGGUGGUUUCCCUUCAUUUGUAGAGGACAUGAAGAUUUUCCGGCGAGAAAGAUUGAACGGACAUUACGGCGUUGCGGCAUUCGUGAUAGGCAACGCCAUUUCAUCACUCCCAUUCCUGCUCCUAAUAUCAGUAAUCCCAGGCGCCAUUGCUUACUACCUGGCCGGCCUGCAACCAGGACUGACAAAAUUCUUGUAUUUCACAUCAAUACUACUCUGUUGCAUGAUGUUAGUGGAGAGUCUAAUGAUGAUCGUGGCAAGCAUGGUCCCAAAUUUCCUGAUGGGACUCGUCGUCGGCGCCGGAAUUCAAGGACUAAUGAUGUUAAGCGGCGGAUUUUUUCAACUUCCCGAUGAUCUUCCAAAGCUGUUCUGGAAAUACCCGCUGUAUUACAUAGCUUUCCACAAAUAUGCGUUUCAGGGACUGUACAAGAACGAGUUUGAAGGGAUGGUGUUUCAGGCCGGUGACCGGUUAAAGGGGUCUCCGGGCGCCAUUGAUGGCGGGACGAUCUUGAAGAAUGUGUGGGAGGUUGAAACUGGGUAUUCUAAGUGGGUUGAUCUUGGCGUUUUGCUGGGAAUGGUGAUUGUUUACAGGGUUUUGUUCUUUGGGGUCAUCAAGGUUGGGGAAAAUGCAAAACCAAGGAUUAGAAGAGGCUUAAUUUGUUGUUGUUGUUCUUGUGUAAAUUGAUGCUUGAAUUCAGAGUUGACACUGUGAAUAUACACAUGCAUAUAUACUCUCAUCUUUAUCC